GGUUCACUUCCUGCAGUGUGUGUUUGUGUGUUGCUGCUUUAUUUUGUCGUGUUUUUACUGUCUUCUCUCUAAAUCACCGUGUUUUUACUCUGUAUCAUGGUUUAUAUUUAUAUUCCACUCUGCUGUCCAGUCUGACUGCUGUCUGCUGUGGUAUGGAUUUCCCCGCUGUGGAUGAUGACAUCUGUAUCCUGAAGCAUGAGACGGCGUACGGCCCGACCGAGAGCCCCGUGUCUGUGUGCGCCAGCGACGAGUCCGUGGCGUCUCACUUCGCCCUGGUCACGGCAUACGAGGACAUCAAGAAGAGAUUACGAGACACGGAGAAAGAGAACGCUCUGCUCAAAAGAAGAGUUAAACAGCUCGAGGACAAGCAUUUCCGGCCUGAAGCCCCUCCCUCAGAAGGACCGCAGUAUAUGAACAAAGCUUUCAGUGCUUACCGCGGUAUCUAUAUAGAGAAGGAAGAUUUACAGAUGGAGCUGAAUAAAGUGAAAAAAGAGAAAGUGGAGUUGAAGCGAGUUCUGACAGAGCAGCUACAAGCCAAAGAGCUCGAACUGUUGCAGCUAAAAUCAGAAAUGGAGACUAGUCAAGUGAUGAAAAGUCUGAACAACACUGCAGAUAACUGGCAUGUGCACAGAAGCAACAGUGAAAUUAAGAUUGUGUCACUGGAGGAGCAGAUCGAGAGAUUACAGUUAGAAAACGACACGCUGCACAAACUCUGCAGGACUGCUGGACACGAUGUCUCUGAAAACUGUGUAUUUCACGAUGAGCAAACGCAUGAUCUGUUGACAGACUCCAGGACGCUGGCUAUUGUACAGUCGUGUCAGGACGUGCUCAGUGAAGCGUCACGUUUGCGUUCAGCCAUUCGAUCACAGUCUGACCUGUUGAGGAAGUUACGAGAGAGACCCCUGCCUGCUCUCAGACGAGCUGCUUCAACUGUUCCAGUUCAGUGUCUGGAUGACAAGGAGCAGAACACGGAGCCGACGAGAGCGAUGAUGAUGAUGAUGCCGCGGCCACCCAGCGCACCUCCACUGCCCUCCAGUUCAGGGACUCACGCUCCGGACAGCCUGCAGGAGAACUGUUUGAAUGACCCUUGGUCCCUGCCACGUCCAGUGCCAUUGGGCAGCCCGGGCGGCCCGCUGACUUCUCCGCAGCGAAUGGGAUCACUAGAUGACAGCUCCUGGUCAUUCCCCGGCACCCCGAGACCGAGUGACGCUCUGUUCUGGGACACCUCAAAGUCAAAGAGCUCCACCGCUGAUUGGGCCCCUCCAUACUGAUCCACAGUCCCUGCUCCGCCACACGACACCUAACCUGCCUUAAACAGCGUCCCCUCUUUGGGCCCCAGGUCACGGAUGAUAACAUACCUCGAGCAAACUGACCUCUGACCCCCGGUCACGGUAAACAGAUGUCUCUCUCCGGGCCGAUGUAGAUAACUUGAGUGGGAAAGAGGUGGAUGUAUGUGUGUAUGUAUGAAUGGAUGAAUGUGUGUUUUCCUGCAUAAAUUCCACUCCGAGAGAGCUUUGUCUUCAACAUAUAUGUGUGAUUUCACUAUAGCCACCCCUUGUGAUCGCCUUCUAUAAGCUUCUGUUCAUCUCUUAGGUCGAGUGUUUCUGUGACAGACGGUUGUAGGUCAGGUAGGUUAUCUCGUCAGCGUCUCUCUGAUGUACUUGUACUGAUACCACAUCAAUCAAUUAUAUAAGUAACUUUAAUGGAUUAUGUCUUGUAUUAUGAAUGUAUAAAGGGGAAUUUCUGAAAUGUUAGUAGUCCAGAGUUUUGUUCAAAUCAAUGAGUCCUCUUACCGAAAGAUGAAAAUGUUCAAAUGGUGGUUUGCGUUUAUGCUUAUAACUACACGGCUGUUUAAGCCCUUGGAUUACAAUUUUUUUAAUCAUUGUUUUAGCAUUUAGAUUUAGUAAAUACAUUAGGUUGUCUUUAUCUGUGGGAGCAGGUAUUUUUUAAUCACUGGUCUAAUUAUUAUUAUUUUUUUUUACUUUUAAACAGGGUUUCCACAAUCAAGGUAAAUCUUGACAUUUUAAAAUAAAAAAUUCCAGGGUUGGUGAAGUCAUGGAAAUCAAUAAAAUCUGAAGUAAUUAAAAUUUAUUUUGUGAAUAUAUAUAUAUAUAUAUAUAUAUAUAUAUACACACACACACACACACUGAUCAGCCACAACAUUAAAACCACCUGCCUGAUAUUGUGUAGGUCCCCCUCGUGCCGCCAACCCACAUCUCAGAAUAGCAAUCUGACACGCUAUUCUUCUCAGCACAAUUGUACAGAGUGGUUAUCUGAGUUACUGUAGACUUUAUUAGUUCAAACCAGUCUGGCCAUUCUCUGUUGACCUCUCUCAUCAACAAGGUGUUUCCAUCCGCAGAACUGCCGCUCACUGGAUGUUUUUUGUUUUUGGCACCAUUCUGAGUAAAUUCUAGAGACUGUUGUGUGUGAAAAUCCCAGAAAUACUCAAACCCGCCCAUCUGGCAUCAACAAUCAUCCAUGUGAUUAUCUGAUCAGCCAAUCGUGUGGCAGCUGUGCAGUGCAUCAAAUCAUGCAGAUAAGGGUCAGGAGCUUCAGUUAAUGUUCACAUCAACCAUCAGAAUGGGGAAAAAAGUGUGGUCUCCGUGAUUUAGACCGUGGCAUGAUUGUUUUGGCGGCACGAGGGGGGCCUACACAAUAUUAGGCAGGUGGUUUUAAUGUUGUGGCUGAUUGGUGUGUGUAUAUUUAUAUAUGUAUAUAUUUACACAUUUUAAUAUGUGUUUGUGUCUGUGUGUGUUGAUAAUUUAUAUAAUUUUCACUAAAGAAGUUUCCAUGUAGAUGUUUGUAUAAAAGUAAUUCUCAGAUGUGAGUGCAAUCUCUAUAUAGUGUUAAGGAAAUAAAACAAAAAACAAUCCUUUAAAAAAAAAAAAUGAAGUCAAAAAGAUAAUGUGGGAACCCUGUUUGAAAUCAGCACGUAACUCAACUCAUUUCCGUUAACUUGUUUCGUACAGACCAUCAAAGAUGUUUUCAAAGAAAAUAUGACCAAAAUUGAGACCUGAUUGAAAUAUUAAGAUAUGUUUGCCACAAACAUGUCAGACACUAAUAAUUAUGUGCAGAGGAUGUGCAGUAUGUCUGAAUAUGUUAAUGAAGGAUCACCUGAGCACAGAUCACAAGUCAAAUGUUUUGUGUUUGUAUCAACAUUGUCUUGUUUAUACAGACAUAAGAACAAAAUCCAUUAAAAUCUCUAUAUUACGAAUUAUUAAUCAAGAGACAGGCUAGGCAGUGUAAUAAGGCAUAUUUGUGGAAACAAAAGGUAAUCUUUAGUGUCACUUGUAAUGCAUUUGACAAGCUUCACAGACACUUUUGACUUGACCUGAUGUCUUGAAUUUAGAUUUUACAUGAGACAUGUUCAGUUUAACUGCAACAGAUAUGUGAACCAAAAUGCAAUGUACAGUGGAUUAUUUUAUAGGAUUAUCACUCCUGAAAGCUGUUUGUAAAUAUGCAAUAAAUUAAUUCAUGUGAACA